AUGAUUCAGAGGGAAUUGACGGGGGCGGUUGUGGGAAACGCCUGGUGGGGAAAAUUAAAAUCAAAAAUUAGAACGUUUGCUGCCGAUUUUAGCCGUCGGCUCAAUCUAGAUAGACGAGCGGCGCAAACGGCUUUAGAGGAAAAGGUCGAUCGGGCUGUUAAAUCCCGUGUUAGUGGGGACAUAGUCUUAGCUAAGGCAGAGUUGGCCUCCUUGCUUAUCAAGAAGGAUCAAGCUCUGGUAGUUAGGGCUAGGCUAAAAAGAAUGUCUUCUGAGGCGACGAAUAUGGCCGCAGAAUUGCGCGCAGAGGAAAAUCGGAACGCGGAUAAGCGACAUAUAGCGUGCGUCACAUUGCCGGAUAAGCGGACCGUGACUACAAGCGCGGGCAUAUGCGAGGCCUUUCGGCUUUUCUUUCAGGAUCUUUUCACCAGGGAGCCCGGUCUGAGCUCUGCUCAGUUCGACGCCUAUUUGGCUGACUUUCCCUGCCUUGAGGCAGCUGAAGCGGCUAGGUGCGAGGGUCCCAUAACAGAGUCGGAAAUCUGGGAUGCGCUGAAGCAGGUUGGCCUGGAUAAGUCUCCGGGACUAGAUGGACUUCCCUACGAAGUGUACUUGAGGCUGUCGCCCAUUUUUGUUCCUUUGCUGCAGCUGAUUUACAACCACUGGAUGAGGCAGGGGUCUUUACCCCGACGCUUCACCAGGGGUGUGAUCAAGUUGCUGCGUAAGGACAAGAAUGGUGGGGAUGGGUUAGGGAACUUUCGCCCUUUGACGAUGUUAAAUACUGACUUAAAGAUUUUGGCGAAGAUCUUAGCCAACCGUUUGCAGCUUGUCCUGUCUCGUCUGAUUGGCCCCGAACAGACUUGUGCUGUGAAGGGCAGGACGAUUCAGGAUAACCUUCAUAUGGUACGCUUGAUCUUAGAACAAGUCGACAGUGAAGCCGCGCUGAUCAAUUUAGAUCAGUCCAAGGCCUUCGAUAGGGUUGACCAUCGGUUUCUGGAGGCUGUCCUGUCGGCGGCCGGUUUCGGAGCCGACUUUCGCUCCUGGAUCCGACUCUUGUAUGCGUCCCCGGUGCGCUGGUGGAAGUGA